AUGGCAGCAGCGGUCACAACCGGCUGUUGUUCGAGCUGGUCUCGGCGCCGGCGCCGGUCUUGGGCAGGGUUAUCCAUGGUAGUAGUUGUGCUCUUCUUUGUGUGGAUCGUGACAUGCCAUGCCCAAAACACCUCUGCUCCUCCGGUUAGCAGCUCGAUGGCGCCGAGAACGCCUACUUCCCCAAUCGGCGAAACCCAGGUGCGGAUGCGGGCCGUGCUCACGGCGCAGGAGGCGCUGCUUGAGAAUCUGCGCUCCGCCUUGGCUGCUAGCUGGACCGACAUGCUGUGCGGCUCCAAGAUCUGCACAGGCUGUGUGGCACUGGCCUGCGAGUCGGUGCUGGCCGACAAGUCUUGUGCUACCAGCUAUGGUGGAUGUUCUAGCGUCACCAACGGCACCAACAGACUCCUCAGCUUCACCUCUUCUACGGUCACCACCGUGUCGAACCCACACGGGCCAGACCGCUCAGCCAUGGAGCUUCGGCGAGACAUGUGCCUGUUCGAGGAUGUCAAGCCCGACAACGAUCAUCCAGUAUUUGGUAUUCCAGACCCUUCCGUCGCGCUUGGCACCUUCAAGUCCUCACUCGUUUUUUUGCCGAUCGGGGCCUGCACCAAUUAUUGGGACUGCACAAAACUAGAUGACCCGCGUUUCACACCGUGGUAUGCAGCUGCUGCCUCGGGUCCUAAAGACGUGGUGCUGAAUGCACUGCGCCGUGCCGCCCUGGAGGUUCUAAAGACACUGAGCUUGGCAGAUUACUUUGGCGUGGUGCUUUUCAAUGACGAUGCCUACCAGCUUCGUGUGGCUGGGCAAGAGCCCAAUCAGCUGGUGCAGGCAACGCGCUACAACAUUGAUGCCAUGAUAGAGUUGCUGGCGUCCGUCGUCCCCAGUGGCGAGACCAACUACCAGGCGGCUGUGCAGGAAGGUUAUGCCUUGCUGCGGCUCACCAGGGCAUCUUCUGGUUGCCAUCGUGCCUUGCUCUUUGCUACGAUGACCACAGUUGCCCAAGCGUUGUUCGACGAGUCCACGACUCCAGCCACUCUGGUAGCGGUGGUGGGAAUGGAUUUUCGGACAUCGGAGCUCACGGCCAUUUCUACAUCGAGGAUGGCUCAGCUGCUGGCGCUGCAUGCUCGCUCGCAGACAUGUGUACAACCGGCUCACGUAGCUGCACAAGCAUGCGUGCUGCAGCGUUUACGUUGGGCCCAGGGCUAUCAAUGCGCUGCCGAUGCCGAUUUGAACUGUUCCGUGGAUGUCCCGUCUUGUCCCCGGAACCCGGUGGCCAUGGUGCCUGAGCCCAUGACUGACUCUUUGUGCAGUGCGACACGGGAUUCUUACGAUGCUGAGAAUUUGUGCAAGGGCAAUUGGCGAUGCCAGUGCCUCCGACGUUGCACGCACCGACCCCUACAGGAUACAGGAACAUCUGGGAAUGCACGCGCACGUGAGAUAGUCCACCCGCCUCCAGCCGUGAUUGAGCCGCUUUUUGGACCCUGGUACGAAGUCCAGUUGGACGACAGCGACGCAAACAGCGACAGGGAUGAUGACCUCGGCGAUGGCGACCUUGACGCUCCACCAAGCUAUGAUAGCAUUGCAUUUGAAGCAGGGCCGACACCGCCUCCAUAUGAUUCGCACGCUUCAACCCGAGAGUCGAGCGUCUGA